AUGAGCACAAAAACUAGUUCUCAUUCUGAACAUCGAUCAUCACGUUCUUCAAAAGACUCGCAUCGUGAAAAGGAUGGUAAUCGAGAACAUCGUGAUGAAAAAUCCGCAACACAACAGCAUCAUACGGCAGUAACUAAUGGUUCUUCAACAGAUCGAGCUUUUAAAGAUAAACAUCAUCCAUUAUUAAUUGCUAUUUGGAAUACGGAUCGAACACAAACAAAUGUUGACGAAAAACUUAGAGGUCUUCGUGAUUUAAUUAAAAAAGGCACAAAUCCAAGUAUUAGUUGUGAAAUUUUACAUGAACAAACGGGUACACCUAUUGCACAAGUAUCUCCAUUGAUCAUUGCUUGUUUCGAAGGUGAUGUUGACAUUAUUCGUUUUUUCAUUGAAAAUGGUGCUGAUCCAAAUCAAACUGAAAGUGAACAUCAUUUAACACCAAUUCAUGUCUUAUGUGAUGCUGAAUAUCAUGGACAAAGUUUACGUCAAAAAGAUCGAGCUGAUUUAAUUCGUUUAUUAAUUAAACAUGGUGCACAAGUUAAUCAUUUAGAUCGAAGUUCAAUGGCAGCUAUUCAUAAAGCUGUUAUUCAUGAUCGACCUGAAUGUGUUGAAGUUUUAAUGGAUGCACAUGCAGAUCCAAAUGUUGCAUUUAUGGGUGAUACACCAUUAAGUAUUGCUGCUCGACAUAAUCGAAGAAAAAUUGUUCAAAUUUUACUUAGUCAUAAAGAAACAAAUGUUAAUCAUCGUAACGAUCAAGGUGGUACAGCACUUCAUUUUGCUAGUGCUGGUAUUGUUGAUAGUCCUGAAUGUGUGGAAUUAUUAUUAAAACAUGGUGCUAAAGUAAAUGCACAAGAUUUAAAAAAUAACACGGCUGCAAUGGUUGCUUGUUUUUUUAAUAAACCACGUAUUUUGACAACUCUUAUUCGGGCUGGUGCUGAUCUUGCUGUUCGAAAUAAUGAAGAUGCAUAUGAUGUAGCUGUUGAAAAAGAAUUUGAUGAAUGCAAGGAUAUUGUAGCUAAAGCACUUGAAAAACGAGGUAUUAAACCUGGUAAUAAACAAAAUCCAACAACAACAACAACAACAACAACAACAACUGAUAAAUUAACGGAAGAUGUUGAUAAACUUAAACUUAAACAUUAG